AUGGAUCCAGAGAUCUCAGUCCAGGAGCGAAAUCCUUUAGAGCUGGAUUUAAAUGAAAUUACUAGGAAACUUUUAUUUCUUGACCAAUGGAGGGGAGUCCUCAGUGGUCUACUUAAUGUUUUCUCUUUCACUUAUAGGUUGGGAAGCAGUCACACAACUCCUCAGAAUCACGAUGACAGCCAUAUAUCUGCUGAGGAAACUGAAGACAGACCCAGAAUGUUUUUGUCCCAAGGACGAGGACAGUUGCCAUCCAGUAGUGUCUGUUCUAUUCCGAGACUCUCCAUCAACUCUUCAAAACUGCAGGGUUUUCCUAUCUCCCCAGCAAUGGCCACAAUGUUACAAAGAAGCAUCUUUGGAAAUAUGAACCAAGUCCUCAGUGGUGACUGGAAGAAGGCACAUUUCAAGUUCCACGAUCCCUUCUCUGAUCUGGCUUUUGCUUUACAAGUCGAAAAGGGAGGGGCCCAGAGCAUCCAGAUGGCCGUACAAGGAUUUAUCAUCAAAUACUUACUGUUUACAAGAGAGGGGAAAGACUCCAGCCUUCACAGCUUAUGUAACCUGAGCCAGCGUGAGCAGGAGCAAGCCCUAGCUGUAGUGCUGGCUGGCAUCCUAUGGGCUGCAGGAGCAGCUCAGAAAGCCAUCGUCUGUUGGCUUUCCUCUAUAAAAGACACCCAUAGAACGGGGACUCUUGACUACUCCAGCGACAAUUUCAUUGAGAGGCUCCAGCUGUUUGAAUUCUCAGAGAAAGAAGCCACUGAGAAAUUCGUCUAUGAUCAUUUACAAUGUUUCAAAGGAGAAGGAAGCCAUGGUGUCAUCCUGUUCCUCUACAGCCUGGUCCUCUCCAGAACCUUUGAGAGGCUUCAGAAGGACCUGGAAACCACCACCACUCAUCUCUUACAGUCUCAAGCUGGAAGUGUCUUGUGCAGGCAGGCCGUUCUAAACUUGAUUUUAACUGGGAGAGCAAGUCCAAACGUCUUCAAUGGCUCUGAGGAAGGAGAGUCUGAGGAAACAUUACAUGGAGUCCUGGCCCGCAGUGAUGUUGGCUACUUGCAGUGGAGUAAGGACACCUCUGCAGGCGACCGACUCUCACAGGUGGGCAGCAGGCUGAAGACUCCCACAUUUCCUAUUUGGCUGUGCAACAUCAACGGAAAUUACAGCAUCCUUUUCUGCACAAAUAGGCAGCUCUUAUCAGACUGGAAAAUGGAGCGUGUCUUUGAUCUGCACUUUUACAGUGGCCAGCCCUCACAGAGAAAACCUGUACAUCUUACAAUAGAUACUCACUCUCACCACUGGGAAGGGGAGCACCAUGAAGAUACACGUGGAUCAGGAAGACGGUUUUCUUCAUUGGAAAUGGCAAUCAGAACCAAAUGGAGAGAGGCUACCGUCAACUGGAAUGGAACUAUUCCUUUUUGCUAA